AGGCCUGCCUGUACAGUUUGUAUAGUGAGAAAUCCAGUCUGAAUUGCAUUGCGUUGAGAAAUCUUGCAGGUACAUUUUUUUUUUGGAUAUUUCUUCCCCACUUCCCUGUGUUUGCUUCCUUGUGUUCCGGGGUUUUCCCCCAGAUGAAUCAGAAUUUCUAAACAUCCAUUUAUUCUGAAAAGGCCAAAUUGUUCACAACACAGAGUUGUAAUUUACUGCAAAAGGGAAGGGUUUAUUUGAGUGGACAAUGUGUUCGGCUCUUGUGUUGUGCAACAGGCCCCUAUAAAAAGGUGACCAAGGGCUGCGAAAGUUAGACUUGAGGACCCUCAUCCAGAAGAAGAGCAGCAGAUUCAAGAUUCCAAAUCAGACCACCUGAAAGAUGCUUCUGUUCCUGGCAUUCUGUGGCCUUGUUCUCAGAACAUCUCUGGCCGUUCCGCAGCAAAAGCAGCAACCGGAAUGCUCUUGUGAAGAGAUUCAGAGAUUGACUGUACGGCUAGACUCUUUGAGUAAGGAGUUGAAGGACCUGAGCACUGCCUUUUAUUCCGUCCACAAUGCCCGCUCUUUCGGAAGCGGCUCCGAAAGCUUAUUUGUGACCAACGGACAAGAAGGCAACUUUGACACCGCGAGCAGCAUCUGUCUCCGAGCAAAGGGCGUCGUGCCUGUCCCUGCAAACGAGGCCGAGAAUAACGCCCUGAUGAAAACGCUGCAGAGGCACAACAAAUCAGCUUACCUCGGCAAAAUUUUGGAUGGGUACUCAAACUGGGCACCCGGGGAGCCGAGCGGCACUAAAGCCGCUAAGACCUGCACGAAAAUUGAUGACGAUGGCCAGUGGAGGGCCACUUCUUGUGAAGAGCAGCUCUUGAUCACUUGUGAAUUCUCUUUUGUUUCUCAUCCGUCUGGAGCACCACAGUAAUGGGGUGUAGAAAGAGAGUCGGUCUCGGGACCAGGAGGGCCUAAUCUGCAGUCUAUAAUAAGGCUCUUUGCAUGAACCUCCAUCUCACCUACCCCGUAAGAUUGGUGUGAAGAUAAAAUGAGGUGACGUGUGUGUAUGCUGAUGUAGGCUUUUUUUGGGUGGGGGGAGCAGCUGGAUAAAUAUGUGGUCAAUAAAUGCCUCAUUUGAA